AAACAGAAGUAUGCAAAUAUUUGACAUUUCAUGUGUAAUCACAAACGUUUGCACCCUGCCUGCUCUGUUCAGGGCUAUUUUAGUGAUGCCUGGAAUACGUUUGACUCCCUCAUCGUUAUUGGCAGCAUAGUAGACGUCGUUCUCAGUGAAGCUGAUCACUAUUUCACUGAUGCAUGGAACACUUUUGAUGCCUUAAUUGUUGUUGGUAGCGUCGUUGAUAUUGCUAUAACAGAAGUUAAUCCAAAGCCAACUGAAACAGUCACAACUGAUGAGUCUGGGAACUCCGAAGACAGCGCUAGAAUCUCCAUCACUUUUUUCCGUCUCUUCCGGGUGAUGAGGUUGGUGAAGCUGCUUAGCAGAGGAGAAGGAAUCAGAACUUUACUGUGGACAUUUAUUAAGUCAUUUCAGGCUCUGCCUUAUGUUGCCCUUUUGAUAGCCAUGCUGUUCUUCAUCUAUGCUGUCAUUGGAAUGCAGGUAUUUGGAAAAGUGGCCAUGAGGGACAACAAUCAAAUAAACAGAAACAACAAUUUUCAGACUUUCCCUCAAGCUGUACUGCUUCUCUUCAGGUGUGCAACUGGAGAAGCCUGGCAGGAAAUCAUGCUGGCAUGUUUGCCUGGAAAACGCUGUGAUCCAGAAUCUGAUUAUAAUCCAGGGGAAGAAUACACCUGUGGAAGCAAUUUUGCCAUAAUUUAUUUUAUCAGUUUUUAUAUGCUUUGUGCGUUUUUGAUUAUCAAUUUGUUUGUGGCUGUUAUUAUGGAUAACUUUGAUUAUUUGACACGUGACUGGUCUAUUUUGGGUCCCCAUCAUUUGGAUGAGUUCAAAAGGAUAUGGUCAGAAUAUGAUCCUGAAGCCAAGGGAAGAAUAAAACAUCUUGAUGUAGUGACAUUACUAAGACGUAUUCAGCCCCCACUUGGUUUUGGCAAAUUAUGUCCUCACCGAGUGGCCUGCAAGAGGUUAGUAGCCAUGAAUAUGCCACUGAACAGUGAUGGAACCGUCAUGUUCAAUGCUACUUUGUUUGCUUUAGUUAGGACUGCUCUAAAGAUCAAAACAGAAGGUAACCUAGAGCAAGCAAAUGAAGAACUUAGAGCAGUUAUAAAGAAGAUAUGGAAGAAAACCAGCAUGAAAUUACUUGAUCAAGUUGUCCCUCCAGCUGGCGAUGAUGAGGUAACCGUGGGGAAGUUCUAUGCCACCUUCCUGAUACAGGACUACUUUAGGAAAUUCAAGAAACGCAAAGAACAAGGACUGGUGGGGAAAUAUCCUGCGAAGAAUACCACGAUUGCUCUGCAGGCGGGACUGAGGACACUUCAUGAUAUUGGCCCUGAAAUACGCCGAGCUAUAUCCUGUGACUUGCAAGAUGAUGAACCAGAAGAAAACAACCCAGAAGAAGAAGAAGAUGUGUAUAAAAGAAAUGGUGCCCUGUUUGGCAACCACAUAAACCAUAUUAGCAGCGACAGACGAGAUUCAUUUCAACAGAUCAACACCACACACCGUCCCUUACAUGUUCAGCGACCUUCAAUUCAUUCUGCAAGUGAUAUUGAGAAAAACAUGUAUUCUCAGGCAGGAAAUUCUGUAUACCACAAUCACAACUCUGUAGGAAAGCAUGUUCCAAACUCAACAAAUGCCAAUCUUAAUAAUGCCAACAUGUCCAAAGUUGUUCAUGGAAAACACAUCAAUAUUGGAAAUCAUGAGCAUAGAUCGGAAAACGGUUACCGUUCAUACUCCAGAGCUGAGCAUGAGAAGCGUAGAAGGCCGAGCAGUAGGAGAACUCGCUACUAUGAAACCUACAUAAGAUCUGACUCUGGUGAUGGGCGUCAUCCUACUAUUUGCCGUGAAGAACGUGAAGUUCAGGACUACUGCAAUGAUGAUCAUUAUUUGGGAGAGCAGGAUUAUUUCAGUGGAGAAGAAUAUUAUGAGGAAGACAGUAUGUUGCCAGGAAACAGGCAUAUGUAUGACUACCACUGUAGAUAUCACUGUCGUGACUCAGAUUUCGAGAGACCAAAAGGCUAUCAUCAUCCACAUGGGUUUUCUGAGGAAGAUGAUUCUCAGAUGUGUUAUGAUACAAAAAGAUCUCCUAGGAGACGUCUGCUACCUCCAACACCAACACCAAAUAGACGAUCUUCCUUUAACUUUGAAUGCCUCCGCCGACAAAGUAGUCAAGAUGAAAUACCACUCUCUCCUUCUUUCCACCACCGCACUGCUUUACCACUUCACUUAAUGCAACAGCAGGUCAUGGCUGUUGCAGGUCUGGAUUCCAGUAAAGCUCACAGACACUCACCGAGUCGUUCAACGCGUUCCUGGGCUACCCCACCUGCAACCCCUCCUGUCAGGGACCGUUCGCCGUACUACACACCCCUGAUCCAGGUGGAUAGGGCUGAAUCCACGGAGCAGAUGAAUGGCAGCCUGCCUUCUUUGCACAGGAGCUCUUGGUACACAGAUGACCCUGAUAUUUCCUACCGAACAUUUACACCAGCCAGUUUAACUGUACCUAAUGACUUUAGGCAUAAACAUAGUGACAAACAGAGGAGUGCGGACAGUUUGGUGGAAGCGGUACUUAUAUCUGAAGGCCUAGGAAGGUAUGCAAAGGACCCUAAAUUUGUUUCAGCUACAAAACAUGAGAUUGCUGAUGCCUGUGACAUGACUAUUGAUGAGAUGGAAAGUGCAGCAAGCAAUCUUCUCAAUGGGAAUAUUAGCAAUGGGACCAAUGGGGAUAUGUUUCCCAUUUUAAGCAGACAAGAUUAUGAACUUCAAGAUUUUGGUCCUGGAUACAGCGAUGAAGAACCAGACACUGGACAAUAUGAAGAAGACUUAGCGGAUGAAAUGAUAUGCAUUACAAGCUUAUAGUAUUUAUAGUGAGGAAAAUGAUUUUAAUAACAGAAAAAAAAAAAGUGCCUCACAGUUUAAAGAUGCUAGGCACUAGCUGGAGUUAAGAACCAACUGAGUUUUGUACAAGCGAUGUCACACCUCAAGGAAGCCAUAACUAAUAACCAGAUUAUCUCCAGGCUGCUGAAAUGGGAUGAGAGCUGCAGUGCAUCGAGUCUCCUACCACGGAGUCUUUGGUUCCUCUAUGGGAAGAAAAGGCUGUUGCAAAACCAUGCAGAUUCUGACAAUCAGUUUUUUGAGGGCUAGAGUGGGAUUUUGAGGUGUAAUAUCUUGCCUGUCCUUCAAACUUGUGCUGCUGUCUGUCAUAGUAGAGCAGGAUGUUGUCAAUGAAAAUGUCUGUAUAAGUUCAGCAAAAAAUUGUGUGGGGAACGACUACAUAAGUGAUGGCAACCAAUAGUGUCAUUACCUCAGCACUCAACAGCAUAUCAGCUAUUCAUUGCAUAUCCAUCCUAAUACUGUUUUCAAACUUGCCUCCUGAUUUCUUUUCUUAAUGCUCUUCUAAAAUAGUUUGUCAUGCUCUACCUGUUAGAGAUCAUGGAAAAAAAGAAGUUCGAUACUGUUGUCAUAUGUAACACCAGUUUACAUAGGAUAAUAUCAUUCAGAUAGUCUGUUUUAUGACUAUCACGUUAAGGGCAAAAUAUACUGGAAUAAUUGCAUUCUUACUAAUGCAUUUGCAACCAGGUUAUAGUAGAAUUAGAUAAGAUAGUUUGCUAAAAAUUAUAUAGUAGAAAUUAUUGUAAAUGAAUUGUAAUAUACAAUGAUUUGUAUUUGUAAAGAGAUGUUCUAUAUUUUGUAAUUAUUGUACCGUAAUUGAACUGCAGCAAUAUUUAUGGACCCUGACUAUUGUAACUCUCCACAGAAUUCUAGAUAUAAGUAUUUUUACUUGGAAUAUAUAGAUCUAUAGCAUAAAUAUUUAAAUAGAGCCACUUCUCAGUAUAAAUCUCUUUUUUGGGAUAAACUAUCAAGUUUAAACUUGACAACAUCUUUUUUUUAAAUAUUUGAGUCAAUUGCAUCGUUGUACAUAAGGGAUGUACAGUUGACUAUCUGCAGUCUUAUAAUCGAAACGUGAAAGAUUUGAAAUUAUUUUAACUUUUUGAUUGACGACAAGCUGUGAUUUUAUUUUUGUAUUAAUCCCAUGCUAUAAAUAUUAAAAAUCAUUAAAAAAAAUCAGCAGGUUCAUGCCAGAGUAUCACUGGCCAUUACAGAAUUAGUUUUGACCAAGUGUAUGACCCUGAGGUACCUACUCCGAUGUGAAACAUCUAGGGCAGAAAUUACUUCACAGGUAAGUGACAUUACUUUAUUGAGUGCUGUGUACUACUCUGCUCAGAAAAGAAAUAUGGUAGAAAAGUUCUUCACAGAACCAAAAAAGUUUAUUAUGUGAAAAAUAUACUACUUUGUUGCCUCUACCCUUCUGUCGCUCUACGUAUACUAUUUCAAAGAUUUAUUUUUAUGCAAUCAAAAGAGGGCUUAGAUAUUGUUCACAAUGCAGUAGAACCGUGGUAUGACUUUGAGGCUAAUAUAACCUUGGAGGAAAAUCAAAAGUGUUGAAAACUACUGUCUAUUUUGUUAGCACUGGAUAACAAUGACUUGUUCUAACAAGUUGUCUUAUCAGGUUUUACCUGUAGUUCAUAUGCUAGAAAGCAAUCCAGCUCACAUUUUAAAAAAUGUGAUGUUUAACACAUGUCAAUAAACAUUUUGUACAUAAUAAUGAUUUCGUAUGAAUACCUUACAAACUUCCUCUGGAAUCAUUCUUAUUUCGAAUGCCAGGAUAAGUACUUAAAGGUUUGUAAAUUAUUUCUUGACCUGCAUCAUUUUGUAUUAGAACAAAUGCAAAAUGUUCUUCAGAAUAAAACUGUGUAAUAAUUUUAUU